CAACUCGAGAGCGAUUUCGAUAAUACUCUUAUUUUACAACCGUCCCGACCUAGGUGCCAAUUAUGGACAAAAAUUAGCUUCUUGGUCACACUGCGAUCCGUUAGCAAGGCCCAAAAGGACAAAGGAAAGCUGAUACAGUGGCCGAUUCACCCCAGAUCUUGUGUAAUGGGGAAAGGAGACGUGGGGGUUAGCUACCAAUGUUCUGUCCUCUGGUCUUAUACGGAGUAGAUAAGGAGCAUUUUGCGACAGCAAGCGCAAUAAGCGGGAACAACUAGUUCCUGCGGAUCCCCAAGUUAACAGUUGAUAGCACGCCGGUCCCGCUUCCUAGGCCUAAGUAGACAAGGCACCGGUGAUCGCAAGUGGAUGAAGCAUGAUCCACGCUGAAAGUGCUGUCGCAUUUUGCGUCUUUCUUAUUGGGUUAAAAAACGGCGGUCUGUCUUCAUCACCACGAGUGCAGGAAAGGUCAAAGCCUGAUCUUGGAAGUGAAACUCAGACCGCUUUUUCUCAGUGAUACCCCAAGGGUCCAGCACAUAUCUGUCUAAGAGAGAUAGCUAGGCUUGGUUGCUGAGAUAUCUGGAGAUACGAAAACAUCGUUCUGUUGGCAGAUUGACCAGACUGUUCACAUCAUCUUCAUCCUCGCCUUAUCAAGGAAUGGAGUUGGUCUUGUCGUUGAACCACUUUCACGUGAGAGGCCAGCCGGCAAGGUCGAUAUUUUAGCCGCGGGCGACAAUCAACAUUCAACUUGUCCCCAUCUCUCAAGGGAAUUAGGGUUGUGUCAACUUCCAAGGGCAGACAAGGCUGUCAGCCUGUCUUUCCCCGAAGGAUACCCACGCAAUGCUAUUCCAGGGGCCUUGUCCGGCCGUUAAACUUUGUUUUCUCCUCUGGUGAGGUGGUAUUGUACAGUUCCCGGCAACAAUGUCCCUAUCACCGAUAUCAAUGCAAAGGGAAAAAAAGGAAAGCGGGGUAGAUCUCAUGUGCAUGGUCCAGGUGGUCACAAAGAGGUGCAAGGGAUUGAACUGGUGUGCUGUAUAUGCUACCAUGCACCAGCUUGCGUGCUUAGUUGGCUACCGAGGGGAUUAACUGAUGACGAAGUGCUUGGCCCAUUGUGUCUUUCAGCUGCUCAUGCCCUCGCUGCCACGGAGAACAUGAAUAAGAUAAGCAAAGAGAAGAGAGGAAGGAAGAAAUAGAGCUGGAUGGUGUGAGACCAACUGUCGCAGUCGUUAAACUUCUUGCCUUGGGUUCUCUGGCAUAUGGCAAUGUGUCACAAAAGUGGUGAUCGAUGUCCACUGGACCAUAAGUUCAUUACUAUAUUUUAUAGCUGGAAUUCUAUUGACUGUGAGGUGACAGCGUCGCUGCUAUGAUUAUACUAUGAAUGCAAAGGUUGUGACCUGGAUAUCCCCAUCCUCGACUUGGUUGCCAAUUCUUUCUUGGAGGAGUGAGGAGCCAGGUUUAUCUGGACAUGUAACCUCAACAAUGGAUACUCAGUGCUAUUUUCUGG